AUGAAGUUCCCGCCCCUUCUCCUUGGCUCCCUCCUGGCCAUCCCAAAUCUUGUCUCAGCAUGGCUUCCAGAAGGCAAAAUCCGUGGAGUUAACCUUGGCGGCCUCUUCGUGGUCGAGCCAUGGAUGAUGCAAGACGAAUGGAAUGCCAUGGGCUGUGGGGGCCAACCCAGCGAAUUUGACUGCGUACUCAAGCUCGGUCAAUCAGCAGCCAACACCGCCUUCCAAGCCCAUUGGAACCGCUGGAUCACCCAAGCCGACAUCACCGAGAUCAAGAGUCUGAACCUCAACACCAUCCGUAUCCCGCUGGGAUACUGGAUCUACGAGGACCUGGUUUACGCGGACAGCGAGCACUUUCCCCAGGGCGCCUUCCAGUACCUCGAGGAAGUCUGCAAGUGGGCAAAGGAUUCUGGGCUCUACAUCAUCAUCGACCUGCACGGCGCGCCGGGCGCUCAGCAGAAGUACCAGCCCUUUACCGGCCAGAAUUCCCCCAACGCCGGCUUCUACGUCGACUGGCAAUACGAGCGAGCAUACAGGUGGCUCGAAUGGAUGACCAACAUCAUCCACACGAACGAAAACUUUGCCAACGCCGGCACAAUCCAGCUGGUCAACGAGCCCCUCCAGGACGGGAACACCCAGGGAAGCAUGAUCCAACAGUACUACCCAACCGCCUUCUCGCGCAUCCGCGCCGUCGAGAGCAGGCUCGGCGUCCCGGCGGCAAGGAAGUUGCACAUCCAAAUGAUGAACGAGAAGUGGGGAUCCGGCAACCCCAACGCCAACAUUCCCGACCUCACCAAUGCCUUCUAUGAUGACCACCACUACGUCAAGUGGACCCCUGGUGUCACCGUAUCGCGGGACGGAUAUAUGCGCCACUCGUGUACCGAUUCCCGCAGCGGGAAUUGGCCCGUCAUCACCGGGGAGUGGAGUGUGAGCGUUGCCGACAACGCGGAAUGGAAUUCGGAGUUCGCCCUUGACAGGCCGGAUGCGGUCGAGUGGUACAGGAAGUGGUGGGCUGCGCAAUUCCUCAGCUACGAGAAGAUCGACGGCUGGGUUUACUGGACCUGGAAGAUCGACUGGAUUGGCGGAAGGAACGAUUGGAGGUGGGGAUAUAAGCAGGGCGUUGAAGCCGGUGUCAUCCCUAGAAAUCCUCUCGAUGCGUAUAGUUGGAAUGCUUGCGCUGGAUUUGCUUAGAUUCUCAUCCGAGAUGGGACAGCAGCAGGAGGACACUAGAGGUGUCGCCACUGCGAAAAAUUUCCCCUUUUUUAAACCUUUCCUUGUAUAUAGGUUCUAUCAUACCACACUUGUGAGAAACAAAUAAAAUUAAUGU